UUUGUGCACCUCAGACCCGGUUGCUGGUGAUUCAGUGAUCCGGAUCGCGCGAGGAAUGGAAGAGUUUGCUUGAGUAUCACUGGGAAUUGAAGAGCUUCGGGCGAAAGUUGAAGAAGAUGAAGACGUUUUUAGGGAAGGUUUGCUGAUCGGGGCGGUCGAGGAUCGAAUAACGGCUGAAAUCCUGGACGUUCUCUCCAAUCCCGGAGCCAAACACGCCGACUUUUGCCCUUUACAGAAGAUUAAUAGCAUGAAGGCGCUGAGGUUCGCCUUCAAACUGAAGACCUGAAGUCUGCAACCCUUUAAACACACCCAGACCUCAGUGUAAUGAAGCCUGAUUUCUUCAUGACACCCAUUGGGAUCUCCAGACAGCCUUCCCUGUACAGGUGACCCAGCUUGUGAUCCAGUUAUGAUGCCCAUGCUGCAUGCAUGAACUUCAGGAGGGCAUUGAAUGGUGGCAGUGCCAUAGGGUUAGUGUUGCCCAGACAUCUGAACUGAAGGUUUGAACCCAACAAGAGGUGAUCCAUCCACAUCGAGUCCACUCAAAUGGGCGCACUGUCGGUCAGCUAAAUGACACAUUGGUGAAUUUGUAGACUAUUGCAGAUCCAGAGAGCAUGGCGGAUAAGACAGCUCCGCGCUGUCAGCUGAGGCUGGAGUGGAUUCAUGGAUAUAGAGGACAUCAGUGCAGGAAUAACCUGUACUACACCGCAGGGAAGGAGAUUGUGUAUUUCGUGGCAGGAGUCGGAGUGGUUUACAACACCAGAGAGCACACACAGAAGUUUUACCUGGGACACAACGAUGACAUCAUUAGUCUGGCUCUUCAUCCGGAUAAGAUCCAGGUGGCCACCGGUCAGGUUGGGAAGGAUCCGUAUAUCUGUGUUUGGGACUCGUACGCUCUGACCACAGUCUCCAUCCUGAGGGACGUUCACACUCACGGGGUGGCCUGUCUGGCUUUCGAUGCCGAUGGACAGCGCUUGGCUUCAGUGGGACUCGAUGCCAAAAACACAGUGUGCGUUUGGGACUGGAAGAAAGGACGUGUCUUGGCCACUGCCACGGGACACUCUGAUAGGAUCUUUGAUAUUUCGUGGGACCCGUUUCUGCCGCACCGGCUGGUGAGCUGCGGAGUCAAGCACAUUAAAUUCUGGGCAUUAUGUGGGAAUGCACUGACACCAAAGCGAGGGAUUUUCGGCAAGACAGGAGACCUGCAGACCAUCCUGUGCUUGGCAACAGCUAAAGAAGAAGUGACGUAUUCAGGCGCUCUAAACGGAGAUAUUUAUGUGUGGAAAGGACUCAACCUGACGCGGACCAUACAGGCAGCGCACGGAGCCGGGAUCUUCAGCAUGCACUCGUGUGAGGAAGGUUUCGCCACCGGUGGUCGUGACGGAUGCGUGAGGCUGUGGGACGUGGAUUUCAAGCCCAUCACCAAGAUUGACCUCAGGGAGGCUGAACAGGGUUAUAAAGGUCUGUCCAUCCGCAGUGUGUGCUGGCGGGCUGACAGGAUUCUGGCCGGGACACAGGACAGCGAGAUCUUCGAGGUGAUGGUCAGAGAUCGGGAUAAACCUCUGCUCAUCAUGCAGGGUCACUCAGAGGGGGAACUCUGGGCCCUCGACCUGCACCCAAAACAACCGCUCGCUGUGACUGGCAGCGACGACCGAUCCGUACGACUGUGGAGUUUGUCUGAACACACACUGAUCGCUCGCUGCAACAUGGAGGAGGCGGUGCGCAGUGUUUCCUUCAUCAACGAUGGCUCUCAGCUUGCUCUCGGCAUGAAGGACGGAUCCUUUACAGUCCUACGUGUCAGGGACAUGACGGAGGUGGUGCACAUCAAGGACAGAAAGGAGGUCAUUCACGAGCUCAAGUUUUCCCCCGAUGGCUCGUAUCUGGCCGUGGGCUCAAAUGACGGCUUUGUGGACGUUUACGCCGUGGCGCAGCGCUAUAAGAAAGUGGGCGAGUGCAACAAAUCCACCUGCUUUAUAACUCACCUGGACUGGUCUGUGGACAGCCGCUUUCUACAGACCAAUGACGGAGCUGGAGAACGAUACUUUUACAGGAUGCCAACUGGUAAGUUUCUGCCAAAAGAGGAAGCCAAAGGGAUCCACUGGAUGACAUGGACGUGUGUCCUCGGGCCUGAAGUGAACGGCAUUUGGCCCAAAUACUCCAACGUCAAUGACAUCAACUCAGUGGACGCAAACUACAGCAGCGCAGUGCUGGUGACGGGCGACGACUUCGGCCUGGUCAAACUCUUCAGAUUCCCCUGUCUGAAGAAAGCUGCCAAAUUCAAGAAGUACAUCGGGCACUCUGCACACGUCACCAAUGUGCGCUGGUCACAUGAUCUGCAGUGGGUGUUGAGCACUGGAGGAGCCGACCACUCCGUUUUCCAAUGGAGGUUCCUGCCGGAGGGAGUCAUGAAUGGAGUGCUGGAGCCGUUGCUGCAGGAGGCGUAUGCAGACUCUAACAGUGGAGAAUCAGACUCGGAUCUGUCGGACGUCCCGGAGCUGGACUCAGACAUCGAGCAGGAGGCUCAGAUCAGCUACGAGCGGCAGGUUUAUAAAGAAGAUCUUCCUCAGCUCAAGAAGAAACUGGCGGGAUCUCUGAAGAGGCAGAAAGCUCCAGAUGAAGGGCUGCGCCUGCAGUUUGUCCACGGGUACAGAGGCUGUGACUGCAGGAAUAAUCUGUUCUACACUCAGGCCGGUGAGGUGGUGUAUCAUGUGGCAGCUGUAGCAGUGGUUUAUAACAGACAGCAGCACACACAGCGCUUUUACCUCGGACAUGACGACGACAUCCUGAGCCUCACCGUACAUCCGCUCAAAGACUAUGUGGCCAGCGGACAGGUGGGUCGAGAUCCAGCCAUCCAUGUGUGGGACAUCCAGACGCUCAAGUGUUUGUCUCUGCUGAAGGGUCAACAUCAGCGCGGGGUCUGUGCGCUCGAGUUCACAGCGGAUGGAAAGAGCCUAGUGUCUGUGGGAAUCGAUGAAGAGCACUGCAUUGUCAUCUGGGACUGGAAAAAAGGAGAAAAACUGGCCAAAUCCAGAGGACAUAAGGAUAAGAUCUUUGUGGUGAAAGGAAACCCGUUCCGCAUGGACAAACUAGUGACAGUGGGAAUGAAGCACAUCAAGUUCUGGCUGCACACAGGAGGAGGUUUAACGUUUCGGAGGGGUAUUUUUGGGAAUCUGGGUAAGCAGGAGACUAUGAUGUCCGCCUGUUACGGCCGAUCAGAGGAUCUGGUGUUUUCUGGAGCAACUACAGGUGAUGUUUACAUCUGGAAGGACACGACGCUCAUGAAGAGCAUCAAAGCUCACGACGGCCCCGUCUUCGCCAUGUGCUCACUGGAUAAGGGUUUUGUGACGGGUGGUAAAGAUGGAGUGGUGGAGCUGUGGGAUGACAUGUUUGAGAGAUGUCUGAAAACCUACGCCAUCAAGAGAGCAGCUCUCUCACCUUCAUCCAAAGGACUGUUGUUGGAGGAUAAUCCGUCCAUCAGAGCAAUCACACUGGGACACGGACACAUUCUGGUGGGCACUAAAAACGGAGAGAUCCUGGAGAUUGACAAAAGUGGCCCCAUGACUUUACUUGUACAGGGUCAUAUGGAGGGGGAAGUUUGGGGUCUGGCUGCUCACCCACUGCUGCCUAUCUGUGCCACAGUGAGUGACGAUAAAACACUGCGCAUCUGGGAGCUUUCAGCCAACCAUCGAAUGGUGGCCGUCCGGAAACUAAAGAAAGGUGGUCGAUGCUGUGCCUUCUCCCCUGACGGAAAAGCCUUAGCGGUGGGUCUAAACGAUGGCAGCUUCCUGGUGGUGAACGCAGACACACUGGAGGACAUGGUGUCGUUCCACCACAGAAAGGAGAUCAUCUCUGACAUCAGGUUCUCUCAAGAUGCUGGAAAAUACCUCGCUGUGGCCUCCCAUGAUUCAUUUGUGGACAUUUACAACGUUCUGACCAGUAAGAGAGUGGGAAUCUGUAAAGGAGCGUCCAGCUGUAUCACGCAUGUGGACUGGGACGUCCGCGGAAAACUGCUUCAAGUCAACACUGGUGCCAAAGAGCAGCUCUUUUUUGAAGCUCCGCGUGGAAGACGACAAACUAUCAGCAGUUUAGAGUUUGAGAAGAUGGAAUGGGCCACCUGGACGUCAGUGUUGGGUGGCACCUGUGAGGGCAUCUGGCCGACUCUGAGUUUAGUCAACGCCUCGUCUCUCACCAAAGACAAGAAGCUUCUGGCCACUGGAGACGACUUCGGCUUCGUCAAGCUCUUCAGCUUCCCCUCCAAGGGUCAAUUUGCCAAGUUCAAGAAGUAUGUGGCUCACAGUGCCAAUGUGACGAAUGUACGAUGGUCCAAUGAUGAUGCGAUGCUGCUGUCGGUGGGCGGAGCCGACACGGCCCUCAUGAUCUGGGCGAGGGAGGGGAUUGGUCCACGCGAGAGCAAAGUGGUGGACAGUGAGGAGUCAGACGAUGACGCUGAAGAGGACGGAGGGUACGACAGUGACGUCGCUCGGGAAAAAAACAUGGAUUACACAACCAAGAUCUACGCUGUUAGUAUAAGACAGAUGACUGGAGUAAAGCCGCACCAACAGCAGAAGGAGAUACUGGUGGAUGAACGACCUCCAGUGAGUCGAGCCGCACCGUUACCUGACAAACUGGUCAAGAACAACAUCACCAAGAAGAAGAAGACGGUGGAGGAGCUCUCUCUGGAUCAUGUGUUUGGAUACAGAGGAUUUGAUUGUCGAAACAACCUUCACUACCUCAACGAUGGAGCCGACAUCAUCUUCCACACGGCCGCUGCUGCUGUCAUCCACAGCCUCUCUGCUGGUACUCAGAGCUUUUAUCUGGAGCACACGGACGACAUCCUCUGCCUGACCGUCAACCAACAUCCCAAAUACCAGAACAUCAUCGCCACGGGUCAGAUCGGCGACAUCACCGAUCUGCCAGGCCUGGCGCCGUCCAUACAUGUGUGGGACGCCAUGAGUAAACAGACGAUGUCGGUGCUGCGCUGUGCUCAUGCUAAAGGCAUCGGCUACGUCAAUUUCAGCGCCACGGGGAAACUGCUGCUGUCUGUGGGAGUGGAUCCAGAACACACCAUCACUGUGUGGAGGUGGCAGGAAGGCUCCAGGGUUUGCAGUAAAGGUGGUCACACGGACAGGAUCUUCGUGGUGGAGUUCAGACCUGAUUCAGACACUCAGUUUGUGUCGGUGGGAAUCAAACACAUCAAGUUCUGGACGCUGGUUGGAGGAUCUCUGCUGUAUAAGAAAGGAGUGAUCGGAGCGGUGGAGGACGGACGCAUGCAGACCAUGCUCUCGGUGGCCUUUGGAGCCAAUAACCUGACGUUCACCGGGGCCAUAAACGGGGAUGUGUUUGUGUGGCGGGAACACUUUCUGGUGCGUGUGGUGGCUAAAGCUCACACUGGCCCUGUGUUCACCAUGUACACCACGCUCAGAGACGGACUCAUCGUCACUGGAGGAAAAGAGAGACCCACUAAAGAGGGUGGCGCGGUGAAACUGUGGGACCAGGAAAUGAAGAGAUGCAGGGCGUUUCAGCUGGAGACUGGACUUCCUGUCGAGAUCGUCAGAUCAGUGUGCAGAGGAAAGGGGAAGAUCCUGGUGGGGACGAAGGAUGGGGAGAUCAUGGAGGUGGGAGAGAAAAACGCAGCCUCAAACACCAUCAUAAACGGACACACGCAGGGACGGAUCUGGGGUCUGGCCACACAUCCCUCCAAAGACGUCUUCAUCUCAGCCAGCGAUGAUGGAACCAUCCGCUUCUGGGACCUCGCAGAUAAGAAACUUCUGAAUAAAGUGAGUCUGGGUCACCCGGCGAAGUGCACGGCGUACAGCCCUAACGGAGAGAUGGUGUCCAUCGGGAUGGAGAACGGAGAGUUUAUCGUGCUGCUCGUCAAUUCACUGACCGUAUGGGGCAAGAAGAGAGACCGCAGUGUGGCCAUCCAGGACAUACGGUUCAGUUCUGAUAACCGUCUGCUGGCCGUCGGCUCGGUCGAGUCUGCUGUGGAUUUCUACGAUCUCACUCUCGGCCCGUCGCUCAACCGCAUCGGAUACUGCAAAGAUAUUCCUGGAUUUGUCAUCCAGCUGGACUUCUCUGCCGACAGCAAAUACAUCGAGGUCUCCACGGGCUCAUAUAAGCGUCAGAUCCAUGAGGUUCCGAGUGGUAAACUGGUCUCAGAUCAGACUCUGAUGGACCGGAUCACAUGGGCGUCGUGGACCAGUGUUCUGGGGGAAGAGGUGUUGGGCAUCUGGCCUCGUAACGCAGAGAAAGCAGACGUCAACUGUGCCUGUGUGUCUCACGCCGGCAUCAACGUCGUCACUGGAGAUGAUUUUGGGCUCGUGAAACUUUUCGACUUUCCCUGCUCAGAGAAAUUUGCCAAACACAAACGUUACUUCGGUCAUUCUGCUCACGUGACCAACAUCCGCUUCUCUUAUGACGACAAGUAUGUGAUCAGUGUAGGAGGCAACGACUGUAGUGUGUUUGUGUGGAGGUGUGUGUGAGACGGACUCGUCCUCUGCACCGCUGGUUGUUUCCGGACAGGUUUUCUCUCCGUUCCUCCAGCGUCUGGAUGCUGCACUUCUGUUAUGCUGCGUUUUUUCCUCUCCAAACCUGAUGAACCCAGGAUGAGCACCGAGUUGGACCAGGAAUCUAUUUCUUUAUUACCUUUCUGUGAAGUGCAAUGUUUACGCUCACAUGUACUUUUACAACAAAGAAUCUACACUCAUAAAUCAUGCCAAUAUAUUUCAGAAAUCAAUGUAUUCAGUUUGUUUUGGUUCUGAUUCUGAAGUGCCUUGGAGACACAUUUUGCUGAUCUUUUAUCCCCGAAAUGUUCAUUACGAUGCAUUUAUGGUGCUAAAUGGACUCGAAGUCCACUUAGAGCUUUUUAACGAAUUAUUUUACCAACUCAUGCAUUAUGCAAAUUACUUUCUUUCAAUGUCUUUUUUCCAUUUUGUACAUAAAUAUCCGCUCACUAAAUGCUCUUCCUGUUUAAAAGAAAAAGAAAUAAAAAAAUCCAAAUACAUGGGACUCAGGAGAAUUUAAGUACUGUAACGUGUAGAUGUUAUAUUUGACCUGUGCUAUUUUUGUUAAGAUAUUUAUUUUUUAAAUGUACGUAUUUACGUAUGAAGUAUGCAAACUAGUCUUGAAACUGUGGGCGUUCAUGAUGAAAAAUUGCAAAAAACUCGCCGUCCAAAUAUUAAAGUUGUAUGAAACGUGCGUAGUGUUUGUGUGUGUAGAUUGCGAUGCACCGUUUGUAGCCAAUGACGUGACAGCAGCUGUUUAUUGUGCACAGAUAUGGAGAUCUAUCUGUCAUUUGUAUGUUUUGUUUUUGUAAUUCGUCUGAUCAGAGGUCAGUCUAAUGGAAAGAUAUAUUAUAAUGAUAAUAAUGCAUGAAUCCAAGUCUGUGUGAUUGUUGAUCAUGAAUGAAACCUGUUCUUUUAUAAUUAAAGAGA